AUGAAGAAUUGGAAACCGGUGCCUUGGAAAAUGUGAAAAAUGUGCAUGGAGGAGUGUGCCUAUACCGGCGGCAUAUUAAGGCAACUGACCUGCUCGAUGACGUGCAAUUGUCUGCCCAUCUGGAGCCGACGGUUGAGCCGCAACGUGGAGGGCUGCCAGCGGCACUGCAAAGCUACUCGGAUCCAGAACUUCGACGCGGAGGUGACGGGAUGACUCUGGUCGCUUUGGGGCGGUCUGUAUCCGAGGGCUCCUUGGUUCGACGGGAAGGUGCGUGGGAGUCAAACAUUGGGAUGCUGCGUGGUGGCCUGUUGUGUGGCCAGUACAUUCCACCACCCUGGCGAGUGGAGCGGAAAGCUGCUGGACGCUAUGGUGGUUAAUAAAGACCGCUACUACCGCGCCAGCGUGGAGCUGAGAUAGCGUUGGGACCUUAAUCUGUGUGUGGACGAUAUGUGCAUCGAGUUCACAAAGUGGACCUACGAUUCCUGGUGCAACUUGAGCUGGUGACCUUUGGGGCAUGUAUGUAUGUAUAUGGUAUAGCUCCUCUGCCAGCACCGAAAUGAUUUUUCUGGAGGCCUCAACUACUAUUUCAUGCGUUUUCAGUGUGGCGUCCUGGAGUGCCAGGAACGGCACCUUGAUGGUGGCUACUUCCUGUUCGAAUGUUCCACGUGGGACGAACCCCUGUUCCCGGCCGACAUGGACGCCUCCUACGUGCUGCUGGCCAAGCAGCUGCAGAUGAUUUUCUACUUCGUGGUGGUCAAUGUGCGGCUCAAAGUGCGGCGCCGAAAUGUUGAGUUCCGGCUGUACAACGUGGACGUGGCCCGAAAGCCUGGUAUUGCUCGAAAAUGCAGUUGCAGGGGAAUCAUAUACCUAAGUCGCUUGACUCGGAAUACCAAUUUUGAUUCUAUUUUACCUCUGCCAGAUAGUAUUAUUUUCUCGAAAGUUUGCCAAGACCCCAGUGUAUGAUUUCUAUGCGACAAAUAACAGCAACCUUAAACUUUUUA